GCAUGACGCCACCAGCCUGGGACCCACUUGAUCCUUCUGCAGAGCCUGAAGGGAAUCACCUGAUCCCCAGCCCCGGGAUGCCCAACACCAAGACCAGCCACUGAGCCCCCAGUGUGACCAGCCCAGCCGGCCACCCACCCCGAUGCCGCCAUGCCUAUCAUCAGCAAUGCAAACCACGACUUCAGCAACCUCUCGGCCAGCGAUGAUAGCAGCCUCGAUGCCAUCUUCACCCAGAUCCCUGAGACAGAGACGGUCAAGGGUGUCUACUACCAGAGAGCCCAGUUCAUCAGACGACCAGAGGACCUACUGUCGGUGGACCACGGUCUACUAGCGGUCAUCAACGUGGGAGGCAACCGCUACACUUUUCCCUGGAGCACGCUGGAGCAGUUUCCCUUGACCCGGCUGGGACGGCUCUGUGGCCUCAGCAGCCCAGAGGAGAUUGCCGGCGUGUGUGACGACUACGAUGAGACACAGCGAGAGUUCUUCUUUGACCGCAGCCCCUCGGCCUUUCGCGUCAUCCUCAACUUCCUGGCGGCGGGGAAGCUGCGCAUGCUGAGGGAGAUGUGUGUGCUGUCGCUACAUGAUGAGCUGCUCUACUGGGGCGUGGAGAUGACCUACAUGGAGCGCUGCUGCAAGAGGAAGAUGUACACGCGCAUCGAGGAGAUGAAGGAACACGAGCGGCAGGAGGAAGAGCAAAGGCAGAGGCACGCCAUGCUGCGCCCCCCAGUUGAGGAGACACGCUAUCGAAAGUUCAUGAACCAGCUGAGGGAUAUGGUGGAGAAUCCCCAGUCUGGCCUGCCAGGAAAGAUCUUUGCCUGCCUGUCGGUGGUGAUGGUAGCAGUGACCGUCAUCAGCCUGUGUAUCAGCACCAUGCCAGACCUCAGGGAGGAGGAGGACAGGGGUGAGUGUUCUCAGAAGUGUCGCCAUAUGUUCAUCGUGGAGACGGUGUGCGUGGCCUGGUUCUCCCUGGAGUGGAUCCUGCGCUUCAUUCAGGCUCGCAGCAAGCUGGAUUUCAUCCGAGGGCCCCUCAACGUCAUCGAUGCCAUGGCCAUCCUGCCCUACUAUGUGUCCCUGGCGGUGGAUGAGGAUGAUCCGACCCUGGACCAUGAGAAGGCCGGGGGGACCAGCUACCUGGACAAGCUGGGCCUGGUGCUCCGGAUCCUGAGGGCCCUGAGGAUCCUGUAUGUGAUGAGGCUGGCCCGUCACUCUCUGGGCCUGCAGACCCUGGGCCUGACGGUGAGGAAGAGCACCAGAGAGUUUGGCCUUCUGCUGCUCUUCCUGUGUGUGGCCGUCACCCUCUUCUCCCCGCUGGUUCACCUGGCCGAGAGCGAGCUGACCGGAGCCCAGGACUUCAGCAGCAUACCCGCCUCUUAUUGGUGGGCCAUUAUCUCCAUGACGACAGUGGGCUAUGGCGACAUGGUGCCACGCAGCAUCCCUGGCCAGGUGGUUGCGCUGAGCAGCAUUCUGAGUGGCAUCCUCAUCAUGGCCUUCCCAGCCACCUCCAUCUUCCACAUGUUCUCUAAGAGCUACCAGGAGCUCAAGCAGGAGCACAACCGCCUGUUCAAAGAGGAGUGUGCGGCUGCAGCGGCCCUGGCGGCAACCAGCAGGGAAGGUCAGGAGGGGAGCGAGGACUUCCCUCCCCCAGGACUGCGCCACAUGUGCCCAGACACGGAGAGCACUCGCUCUCUGGAGUCCCUGUCCCUUCUUGAGAACGGUGGCGUGGUCUCAGGGAAUAACCAGCAUAGCCACAGCCCCAGGCUGCCAGCUGGAGCCUUCUAGACAGACGGACAGACAGGCUUCACCUGCCCUGGCCCACAAACCUCAAAGCACACUAGGAACAGGGAGGCCUCAGCAGGCUUACUAAUCACAGACUUAAUAGAAGAUGCAGUAAAAGAUCCAAUCCAAAGUAAUUUUUUCCAUGGCUGUCUUUAUCUCUGAAAAUAUUGCGUCGCUCACCCACAACAUAAUUGUUUUAAUUUUAGUCUCAAUCUCUAUCUGAGAUCAGAAUGUGCAGACCUGGGCCAAUGGAAGCCAUAGCCAUCUGUCUACCCUAGACCCAUCUGUACUGAGCUCAACUCUGCUGAUUUUAUUUCUGAGAGGCUUCGAAAGCUGUACUUAAAAAAAAUCUCAAAUGGAUGCUUCUGACUCUCCCAUGCUGAAUAAACCCUCUCUCUUUCUCCCUUUGCAACAAAUGCAAAGACACACACAGACUAACACUGGAUUUGGCUGCUUGAGUGUCUGGAGUCAUGGACAUGGAGUUAUUUGCCACUCCACCACAUCUUCCGUCGUGACCGGCAGGAAGAGGAUAUUGGAUGAGCAGUGAUCCCAGUUCUUUUAUAAUCUGCAGGAGACAGAGAGCCAUCGGCAUAGAAUUAACUUUGUUAGGCUCCAAAUAAAAACACAAGUAAUCUCAACUACGCAAUUGUCGUAGUUUUUUGUCUUUCUGGGAAGAUAUAUCCUAUCUUAUUCCCUGAAAAGAUCCAUCAGAGAGGGUAUGUGCCGGGUUGAAACAUUAGUCCGCGUAAGUGAGAUAAAGCUGCCAAGACGCAGCAUCAUAUGAUGCAAAAUGCAUCAAUACCAGCUGUAUUUCUGUGUCUUGAAAGUUAUAUAUCUUGAAAACUUGAUUGAUGACAUGCAAAACAUUUUGGGACUAUAUCAACAAUGGACUAAUGAAACAAAUACCAAAAGAUAGUUGUCGUUUCUUUCUGUAAGGGCCCUACACACCCUACAUGAACAGCCUACGUAAACAGAGUGAUGGAGCAUCAUCAAAUCAAACUUUAUUUGUCACAUGCGCCGAAUACAA